AUGGCGGCGACGGACGUAAAAACGGACGAGGAAAAUAUUUUUAACAAAAUGCUUGAGGAUAUUAAUGAAGAGAUGAAUAUUGAACAUAAUAAUGUAACUGUUAAAAAAGGUGUAUAUAAAGAGCUCAAUACAACUUUGAAUGCAGAAGAUUUUAUCGAUAAGCACUAUGAAAAAACUAGAUAUAGCGCACUGAGAGAUUCUAUCCUUGAAGACGUAAAAGGUGAGAUAAACACUCUUAUCUCAAAUCAAAUUUCAAAACUUGUCAAUAAUUGUUCAGUUGCUCAUAAGGAUGACCGAACGGAUAAACUGGAAUCAAAUUUAUUGGAAGAAAUUCACAACAACAAUGAAGCUGUUAGUCGCCAUAACAACCAAAGCUUUGUUCAUCGAAAUCGAUUUGAACAUCUGUAUAAUGAGAAUAAUGAUCACUCUGAAAUAACAGAAAGUUUUAGAGGUGAUACUUAUAAUAAUAAUAACUUUAUACAUAAUAAUGAGGAACUAAUUGUACAUAAUAAUGAAGACAUAAUUGUACAUAAUAAUGAAGACAUAAUUGUACAUAAUAAUAAAGAAAACAUUCCAACAAAAAGGCAAUCACUUAAUAACGCUAAUAACAUUAUUAACACUAAAAAAAUUACAUGUAUACUAGGAAACAGUAUAAUAAAAGGCAUCAACGGUUACAAGAUGACCAAAUCCCUUGACUACAACCAAAACAAGAGAGUUAUACUAAAAUCCUUUCCUGGAGCUACGACAGAAGACAUGUAUGAAUACGUCAAACCAACCAUGAAGAAAAAGCCAGAUAACAUCAUCCUUCAUGUUGGCACAAAUGAUCUUUCUAGAAACGUAGCACCAGAGGUUAUAGCUAACGAUAUAAUUAAUUUAGCAACAUCAUUGAUUAACUCGAAUAUGAACGUAUCCGUAUCUGGUCUGACUCCAAGAAAUGACGAUCAAGGUAUUAGAUGUGACGAACUCAAUGACCACCUAUAUAAAGGAUGUGCUGAACGAAAUAUCGCAUUCAUAAAUCACUAUCAGCAGAUGGAUCGGAAUCGUCACCUUAACAGAAGUAAACUACAUUUGAACCAAUAUGGAUCGGUAACACUGGCUAAUUCUUUUUUAAAUUUUAUAUCUAAGGAUUGA